GCACCUGAACGCAGCACCACAUUACCAGCACUCCAGCGGCUGAGAAGAGAAGAGAAGAGACGAGAUGCAGACUAUAAAGUGUGUGGUUGUGGGUGACGGUGCGGUGGGAAAGACUUGCCUGCUCAUCUCCUACACCACCAACAAGUUUCCCUCUGAAUACGUCCCUACGGUUUUUGACAACUAUGCAGUGACAGUGAUGAUCGGCGGGGAGCCGUACACUCUGGGACUGUUUGACACCGCAGGUCAGGAGGACUACGACAGGCUGCGACCCCUCAGCUACCCUCAGACCGACGUCUUCCUCGUCUGUUUCUCUGUCGUAUCGCCUUCCUCUUUUGAGAACGUCAGAGAGAAGUGGGUGCCGGAGAUUUCCCACCACUGCCCGCGGACGCCCUUCCUGCUGGUCGGGACUCAGGUGGAUCUGAGGGACGACAGCAACACUCUGGAGAAACUGGCCAAGAACAAACAGCGAGCUCUGAGCUGUGAGAGCGGAGAGAAACUGGCCCGAGAGCUGAAGGCCGUCAAAUACGUGGAGUGCUCUGCUCUGACACAGAGGGGAUUAAAGAACGUGUUUGACGAGGCCAUCCUGGCAGCUCUGGAGCCUCCAGACAACAAACCCAAGAAGCGCUGCGUCCUGCUAUAGACGCCACAAGAAGAGGAGGAGGAGGAAGAGGAGGAGGAGGAAGAGGAG